AUGGUGCUCAUUGGUGGUGUCAAAUAUGCCUGCGAGCGUUGUAUCAGAGGCCACAGAGUCACAACGUGUAACCACACCGAUCAGCCACUGAUGAUGAUCAAGCCAAAGGGCCGUCCUUCGUCACAGUGCAAGCACUGUAAGGAGAUGAGAAAGUCCAAGAACUCGCACUCCACCGGGGCGUGC